AUGCAAUUUAGGAAGACAAUUUUGGUAGCAUACAGUGUUGUUCAAUCGGUUCGGGCUAUGAUAUCUCCGCUAUGUGGUGGGUCUGGAGGUAGUGGUUCAAUGGGUGGUGGAAGUGCGACUUUAUGUACGCCGUUGAAUGAUUUAUUGGGAUUGGGAGGAUCGGGAAUGCAGAUGCCUUCGCCUCCACCAAUGGAGUCUUCUUCUGGGCUGAGUUUCACCUGUCAUAUGAAUGCUGGCUCGGGUCUGGGUGGUAUGAUGAUGCCGAGUAAUUCUAACCCUUGUGCUAGUAUGCCUAGCAUGCCCAGUAUGCCCAGCAUGCCUAGUAUGCCUAGUAUGCCAUCAUUUGGAGGAAUGGAAGGUGGGAUAGGCAACACAUUCUUAUGUAGUACGAUUUCUCUGCAGGAGAAGACUCCCGUGGGAGGAAGUACUUGGUCAAAUGACUGCUACACUAAACUAUCGGGACUAUUUUUGAACGGAUUUGUGGGCAACCAGAAGGGCAAUGAGAUUUGCUGUCUCCCAUCUGCAGGCAUGUAUGGGAACAAGAUGCUGCGGUAA